AUGGCCCCAAAGGAAAUUAAACUUGAGACAGCUCCAUUCGACCCACGAUUCCCAAACACAAAUCAGACACUCUACUGUUAUCAGAGCUAUAUUGAUUUCCACCGUUGCGAGAAGGUUAAGGGACAAGGUGCUGAGGUCUGUGCAUACUUCAAGAAAUGCUACACAGCAAUGUGCCCAAAUGCAUGGGUUGAGAAAUGGGAUGGACAACGUGAGACUGGCAACUUUGCAGGCCGUAUUUAA